AGCGAAACAUAAUUAUUAGCCGUCCUGAGCUCAGCCUUUCGCGACUUUCUACGGAUCAGCUUGAUUCUCGCCUGAGAAAGAGUUCUCUUAUCAGAGCGACACUUUCAAUCAACCACUGUCGAACUCUCUUUCAGACGUGUCGAACUCUACUCUCGGGUCACUUCAUCCGUCUCUUCCCAUCGCUAUGUCAAGACCAGCACCAAGCCGUACACCCACCGCCCCCUUGCCUCGUCUCAAGCGUCCGAAGCGUCCACUCUCGGGCAACCCUACAUCACGAGCACCGUCACGAAGGCCUUCACUCUCAGGAGCACUUCCCCGCACAAGUGGAAUCAACCCCGUCACGGGCGCGCCGAAAGCGCAGCGCACGUCCAAGACCACCCAGAAACUUGUUCUCCUCCCGUCUGCACCGCAAACAAGACCGCUUUUACCGGAUGAAGAUGAAGAGCUCCAGCAUGGGUACGAGACCGACCGCGGUGUACGCGAUGUCAAGAGCGAAGGCGAACGGAUGAGUAAAGUCGAGCGUGAGAAGGCGGGCUACAAACGUAUGACCGCAUACUGCGUUGCGGAGGGCUUCAGAAUGAAACUGCUUGCGAGUUUCCUGAAGAGAGAGCAUAAUACGCAGCCCAGGGUAUUCGACGAGGCGAUGUACGUCACAUACUACCAACCUCUUCUUCCUGGGUACGGCCCUGGCAUUAACAUUCGUUCUUCUGCCCCACCUACCACCAAGCCAGACGAUCCCAUGACUGAAGCCGAGGAUCUCAUGCUUGCGGCUGUCUCCGAAGCUGAGGAGGCUGCAGAGCCCUCUUCAUACUUCGGCGCACCGACACCGCCAGCCGAGUAUACAGAGAUGAAUGGUUUCAUGGGAACUUCACCGCCUGCGACGGGUGCUAUCAGCGAACCCGAAAUUGAGACCCCAAGAAUACGCUCACCUAUCUCGCCGAGUGUCCCUGCGCCCGCAAGACGAUCGCCUCAACCUGACCCUGAUACCUUCGCGGAGGUCGUGUUCUUCGCGUUCGGCGUUGUGGUGUUCUUUGGAUUGGCCGAAGCACAGGAGCGCAGCAUUCUCGAAGACGUAGAGACGGCCGAGAUUAUGCAGAAGCCCUUACUGGAAGCCAGAUGGGAGAUUGAGGAGUGUCACUACGAGUAUAAACCGUUCAUAGCUUACCCCCGCAUCUAUAACGAUUUCUUCACGUUCAAGUCCCAUUCGGCUCUCCGAACGCUUUCAGUCGCACAUGCCCUAGCGCAAUCUACACUUCUCGCACGCUACGAAACCGUGACGGACGCCAUUUUGUCUUCGCCACAGACAACUUCCAUUCCUACACAUCUCGCCACCACUGGAACACUCCCAGUCUCUCGUACCGAUGCGCUCAAGUUAACAGGACGGUUAUUCAAACUACGGCGCGACAUCAAUCUUGUCAGUAACGUGCUCGACGUUCCGGAUCUGUUCUGGGAAGAAGGACAAGCGAGCUUGAGGGCGCUGUACGAUGCCGUACGGGAUUAUAUGGAAAUUAGUGUUAGAGUUGGCGUAUUGAACGAGAAGCUCGCCGUGGCCGAAGACUUGCUGGGUGCGAUUCACGAUCAUCUGAAUAACAACGCGAUGGACCGUAUCACCUGGAUCAUCAUCUGGCUUAUUGUUGCCGCAUGUCUCGUUGAAGUCGGCGAAGUGAUCGCUCGGUUGGUUGUACACGCCACCAGCUCAAGCAAGAAGAUCCCAAUCCCGGAUGUUGCUGCAGUCGCGAACAUGACAGGCGAUGAGGCCCUGACUUUCCUCCGUCAACUGGCAUUAUCGAGGACAUGACGGAUUCCCUCCUUUCAAUUCCUAGUUUCAUGAUUUCGGUCCCAUAUUGUUUCUUUCAGGUGAGUCAAGUAACAU